AUGCCUCCUACACAACUCCCCGCGUCUGGAAACCCGCUUGUGUUUUUCGAUAUAACUAUCGGAGGUGAGCCUCUAGGUCGCGUAACCUUCGAGCUCUUCAAGGAUGUCGUCCCCAAGACAGCAGAGAACUUCCGCCAGUUCUGUACCGGCGAGAGUAAGAACGCCGGAGGUCGUCCCCAGGGCUACAAGGGCUCCAAGUUCCACCGCAUAAUCCCAAACUUCAUGUGUCAGGGCGGUGACUUUCUCAACGGCGACGGCACGGGAUCAACGUGUAUCUGGGGCUUUAAGGCUUUUGAGGACGAAAACUUCACUCUCAAGCAUGACCAACCUGGUCUUCUCUCCAUGGCUAACGCCGGGCCCAACACCAACGGCUCUCAGUUCUUCAUCACCACCGUCCCCACCCCCUUCCUCGACAACAAGCACGUUGUCUUUGGCAAGGUCGUCGACGGUAUGGAUGUGGUCAAGAAGAUGGAGGCUACCAAGACCGGCUACCGCGGCAAGGACAUGCCCAACCUCGACGUGGCAAUCUCCCAGUGCGGUGAGAUGUAA